CUCUCUCUCUGUUUGUUUUCAGUUGAUGCUGAUGAGAUUAAGAGGCUAGGAAAGAGAUUUAAGAAACUCGACCUAGAUAACUCCGGGUCCCUGAGUGUGGAGGAGUUUAUGUCCUUACCGGAGCUCCAACAGAAUCCCCUCGUGCAGCGAGUCAUCGACAUAUUCGACACCGACGGAAACGGGGAAGUCGACUUUAAAGAGUUCAUCGAAGGAGUCUCCCAGUUCAGCGUCAAAGGAGACAAAGAGCAGAAGUUGCGCUUUGCCUUCAGGAUCUACGACAUGGACAAAGACGGCUACAUAUCCAACGGGGAGCUCUUCCAGGUCCUCAAGAUGAUGGUGGGCAACAACCUGAAGGACACCCAGCUCCAACAGAUCGUCGACAAAACCAUCAUCAACGCAGACAAAGACGGGGACGGCAGGAUAUCCUUCGAGGAGUUCUGUGCUGUCGUCGGUGGAUUAGACAUUCACAAAAAGAUGGUGGUGGACGUCUGACAACUUUGUGUUUUGGCCUCCAUUCGCUGAAGAUCUGCUUGAAGACGUCGUCCAGCAAAACGCUCUUGUCUGUUUUUCAAACGGAAGUUUUUUCUCUGUGAAAAAUCCCCUCCUCACCCCUCCUCCCCUGCUCCCCUGUCCC